AUGAUUGAGACCCAACUAGCUCAACUUGCAAAUACCUUUAAGGAACAUCAUGCACAUGCUAGUCUCCCACCCCAAAGUCAUGGUCAAAAGCAAAUGAAUGCCAUAGUGACAAGGAGUGGGAGGAUUUUCGAUGAUGUUCCUAGAGCUAAUAAGGUUUCUAAGCCCAAUGGGAAGGAUCAAGAGGGAGUCAUUGAGUCUAGUGGCAAUGAUGUGGUAGAAGAGGAGCCUCCCAUUAAUGAUGAAGGUGAAACUCCUAUACUAAAGGAGGCAACUCUCCUACCUCUCCCCACUCCUAAACUUCCCUAUCCCCAAAGAUUCAUAAGGCACAAGUUGGAUGUGCAAUUCUCAAAAUUCCUUGAUGUUCUUCGAAAUUUGCACAUCACUCUCCCCUUUACGGAAGCAUUGAAACAAAUGCCUACCUACUCAAGGUUUCUCAAGGAAAUCUUGAGUGGGAAGCGGGAUUGCGACGUAAAGGAGACUGUGAACCUCACCGAGAAUUGUAGUGCUAUCAUUCUCAACCAAAUGCCACCCAAACUCAAAGACCCGGCCAACAUCACCUUGCAACUUGCUGACCGUUCGGUCAAGUACCCUAUUGGCAAGGUUGAGGAUGUUCCCUUAGUUGUUGGCGAGCUUACUUUCCUUGUGGAUUUCGUCGUCUUGGACAUUGAUGAGGAUGCCCAUACCCCCAUUAUCUUGGGGAGGCCAUUUUUGGCCACCGCGGGUGCUCUUAACGAUGUGCAAGAAUGA